AUGGCUCCCACCGACGAGACCGUCCGCGAGGUGCAGAAGAAGAUCGACAAGGAGAAGGCCCUCAUCAACGCCGCCAACACCAUGCGCCAGUCGACCAACAACCCCGCCGUGCUGUCGCGUCUCGAUGGCCAGAUACGCGACGGACGCCGCCACAUCGAGUACUUCGAGUCCAAGCUGCGCGACAUUGAGAUGCAGCGCACGCAGACCGGCAUCGACAACAUGAGUCUGCAGCCGGGAACCUCCUCGAAAGGCCAGAACCCCGUCACCCCGCCCCCUAAGGAUGGGUGGAAUGGGUACGUCGGCUCAGACCAGGGCGGAUACGGAGACCCGCCUGGAGGCUACAGCAACCUCAGUGGCGGUCAGGGACUCAUGCCACCGCGAGCACCAUACGCUCCCCAGGGGCCUGGCUCGCGCCCCCAGCGCCCCAACUACAGCAAGCUUGACUUGAUCAAAUAUGAUACCCCGCAUCUUGGUCCCCGCAUUCAGCUCAUGUUGUCACAGCUUGAGUUCAAGCUCAGCGUUGAAAAGCAGUACAAAGAUGGUAUCGAGAAGAUGGUGCGCCUGUACCAAAUGGAGGGCGAUCGCAAGAGCAAGGCCGAUGCCGAGGCCAAGCGCAUCGAGAGUAACCAGAAGAUCCAGCUUCUGAAGCAGUCUUUGAAGCGGUAUCAGGACCUUCACGUGGACUUUGAGACUGCCGACGACCGGGACGAUGACAGCCUGAGUGUGCCGAGCCAGCGGAAGCCCCUGAGCGGGCAUUUGUCUCUACGCAUACACGCAGUGGCUGACGUUGACCACGCGGCCACUGGUCGCUUUAGCCGCGGUCCAGAAACUUUUGUCAAUAUCAAAGUUGAAGACAGCAUCAAGGGCCGCACGAAACCCUCCAGGAACGACCGUUGGCUGGACGAGAUUCACGAGUUUGAUAUUGACAAGGCCAACGAGAUCGAGGUUACAGUCUACGAUAAGACGACCGAUCAUCCAUUGCCCAUUGGCUUGCUCUGGGUGCGGAUAUCCGACAUUGCUGAGGAAAUGCGCCGUAAGAAGGUCGAAACGGAGCUGCAGAACUCGGGUUGGGUGUCCGCCGACAAGAUGGGAGGCAGCUCCGGCCCGCAACCCGAUCUACAAUUUCAACCCCCUCCAGGCCAGAACUUUGCGAGUGCUAGCGGCCCUGGAGGGGCUGGCAUGCCGCCAUCUGGCGCAACAGCCCCUGGUGCACCCCAACCACAGAUAAGCCAGAUUUUUAUCGACGAUUGGUUCUCUCUUGAGCCUGUAGGACGUGUGCAUUUGACCAUGUCUUUUGUGAAACACACGAGAAACAAGCAGCCCUUCGACGCUGCGCUUGGACGAAAGGGUGCUAUUCGUCAACGGAAAGAAGAGAUCAUCGAGCAAUACGGUCACAAGUUCGUGCAACAACAAUUCUACAACAUCAUGCGUUGUGCGCUUUGUGGCGAGUUCCUCAAGUAUGCUGCUGGCAUGCAGUGCUCGGACUGCAAAUACACUUGCCACAAGAAGUGUUACCCAGAUGUGGUGACGAAGUGCAUCACGCAGUCGAACGCGGAAACGGAUCCAGACGAGGCAAAGCUGAACCAUCGCAUUCCGCAUCGCUUCACGCACUUCUCCAACAUGGGCGCGAACUGGUGCUGUCACUGCGGGUACGUCUUACCACUGGGCCGGAAGCAGGCUCAAAAGUGCUCAGAGUGUGGCUUGACAUGCCACGUCGGCUGUGUCCACUUCGUUCCCGACUUCUGUGGCAUGUCCAUGCGAAAGGCAAACGAGAUUCUCAAGGAGAUCAAGAAAGCGAAAAGAACGCAGUCGGCGACAACUCCUGGUGGACUCAGUGACAAAACACUUCGCAAAAACCCCGCACGACCAGCUCCAGCUGCAAGCCUCCCAGGACCCCAAACCCAAUUCCAGCCUCCACCAGGCCAGGAACAGCCGGCACAGCCAGACCGAUACUCGUACGGCAAAGAACCGCGACCGCAAUAUCCGCCUGGGCAACAGUCUUACGCGCCGUCAACUACAUCUCUCGAGGCGGCACGAACAUCAUACGGCUCAGGCUCCACGCCCACGCCCACAUCACCAACAUCCCAGCGCCCUUCGUCAGGCCCUCGUUCACAGUCGCAACAAUCUGCAGCUGGUGCCGCUGCUGCAGCAGCGAUGGGCAAGAGCGCAGCUCCAACUUAUGGCCGCGCGCAGUCCGACUAUCCACCGCAAGGACCACGCACGUCUGGUGGUGGUUAUCCACAGGAACAAAGGGUUCCUCAACAGCAGGGACCGCCACAGGUAGGAUACAACCCACAGGACUAUGCGAACAUUCCCACUUACCCCACGGCUCCACCACAGCCUGCGCAAGCUCCGUACCCGCAGCAAAAGCAGUCAUACGCGCACCCUCAGCCUGGCCCCCAAUCUCCUCAACAUCAACCGCAACCGCCUCCGCAUCAGGUCGAAGUUAGGCCUCAACAGCCAUCUACCCAGCAAGCACAGCCUGUCUCUGCGAUGACGAAGGCUCCCAGCGACAAAGUCACCCCACCAGCGAACACCCAGGGGACCGGAAGGAGAAUUGGCCUGGAUCACUUCAACUUCCUCGCUGUCCUUGGAAAGGGUAAUUUCGGCAAAGUCAUGUUGGCUGAGACCAAGAGCACCAAACAGCUCUAUGCUAUCAAGGUUCUGAAGAAGGAGUUCAUCAUCGAGAACGAUGAGGUCGAAAGCACAAGGUCCGAAAAGCGAGUGUUCCUGAUUGCGAACAAGGAGCGACAUCCAUUCCUUCUGAGCUUGCACGCAUGCUUCCAGACGGAGACGAGAGUCUACUUCGUUAUGGAGUACAUUAGUGGUGGUGAUCUAAUGUUGCACAUUCAGAGAGGACAGUUCGGUACCAAACGAGCCCAGUUCUAUGCCGCCGAGGUGUGCCUUGCUCUGAAGUACUUCCAUGAAAAUGGUGUCAUCUACAGGGAUUUGAAGCUCGACAACAUUCUUCUAACUCUCGACGGCCACAUCAAGAUUGCAGAUUACGGUCUGUGCAAGGAAGAGAUGUGGUAUGGUUCAACGACCAGCACGUUCUGUGGUACCCCCGAAUUCAUGGCUCCAGAGAUUCUACUAGACAAGAAAUACGGCCGCGCUGUCGAUUGGUGGGCAUUCGGUGUUCUCAUCUAUCAAAUGCUCCUGCAGCAGUCACCGUUCCGUGGUGAGGAUGAAGACGAGAUCUACGACGCUAUCCUCGCAGACGAGCCUCUGUACCCGAUUCACAUGCCUAGGGACUCGGUAUCGAUCCUACAGAAGCUGCUCACCAGAGAACCUGAGCUGCGACUAGGUUCCGGUCCGACCGACGCUCAAGAGAUCAUGAGCCACGCCUUCUUCAGGAAUAUUAACUGGGACGACGUGUACCACAAGAGGAUCCCGGCCCCCUUCAUUCCGCAGAUCACCAGCGCCACCGAUACGAGCAACUUCGAUACCGAGUUCACGAGUGUGACGCCCGUGCUUACGCCGGUGCAGUCUGUACUCUCCCAAGCCAUGCAAGAAGAAUUCCGAGGCUUCUCCUACUCGGCCGAUUUCGCGUAA